AUGAGCCGACAGAAGCAAGUCUUGCCACCGGGGCAUUUCAGCCGCAUCUACAGGAUCAUUGGGAGAGUCGUCGGUGCUCGAGGUUUGCCGAAUGCCGACGCAACAUCAAAGUCGGAUCCGUACUGCGUGGUCAAGGGCAUCCGGUCCAACAACCACAUGGUCAACAUUUAUUGCACCAGAACAGUGCAGAACUCGCUCUCCCCAAUAUGGGAGGAGGAGUUCGACUACCGCAUCCCACCCGAGUGGGGGUUGGUCGAGCUGGUCGGUUUGAAGGCGAUGGUGUUCGAUGCAGAUGACAACACGACCAGCUUUCUAGGCACCGAAGAUUUCCUCGGUGGAUGUGACAUUGACCUUUCCAAUGCCGUGACUGGCCGUGCGCUUACUCAUGAGCUGGAGCUGGCGGGGGUUCCCCUGAACAAGGCGAAGGGCAAGAAACCGCGGCUUACGCUUGUGGUCACCGUCUACAAGGAAGUGGUUCCGAAGCCGAAGCCUCAAAUGGACCUCUUGAUAGAGAGCCUGGAGUUCUUGGAGUACAUCCGCGAGGUGUCUGUGAAAGUCGUCGAGGCCAAGGCACUCCCGAACGCGGACCUGGUGGGUUCGAGUGAUCCGCAGUGUGUCGUGCGACUCAUCAUGGUAAAUGGUGAGGUUCGAGAGUUGCACCGCACGAAGACCAUCAAGGAUAAUCUGAAUCCCAGGUGGGACGAGAUGUGUGGCCAAAAGUUCGAGUUUAUGGAUCAACCACUGCUUCUCGUGUUCGACAUAUGGGAUGUAGAUGGGCCAGGUCGAGCAGAGGAUGGUCAGCACCUGGGCUCGGCUGUGGUGCCACUCCUGGAGUGUUUACCCGGGACGAACCGCAAGCGGAAGUUGCCCUUGCUGGGGGAGCAGCAGCUGCACGAAAAGCGGCUCACGCGGAUGGGCGUUCCCCGCGAGCUAGAGAAGGCCGAUGACGGUCGAGUUUCCGACGGAGAGCUGUCCGAGGUGUCCCUUGUCGAGCCUGAGCCGAAACCAAAGCCCUCCUGCAUGGAAAGGCUCUCGAAAGCCGCCGUGGACUUCCGAGAGAAAGUGAAGAGUGUCUACUACUUGAAAAAGGUCGAGAAAAGCCUUCUGAUCGUGGAGAUCCGAAGCAGGGUGAAGCAAGAACCCAUGCCCCUUCUUCGCUUCUUGCACAAGGCCGUCUAUGUGGCUGACGAAGACGAUGUGGAGCGGGUCAUGACUUUUCCCGACUGGGAAAAAGCAUCUUUCUCUGCUCCUCCGGAGCUGACGGUGCGGGGCCGGCCACCGCGAGGGGAGCUCUUCGGCCGGGAACAGAUCGUCUUUGUUCACGGCCUCGUUCAAGGUGCCAUGGGCCUACCAUCAGCUGACGAAAACAGCUUCUCAGAUCCCUACUGUGUCGUGGAGGCUCUGUCCCGUGGAGCCGAGAGGCUUUUUGUGCACCGAACUCGGGUGAUUCCCAAGACGCUUUGUCCCGAGUGGAACGAGGCCUUCUAUUUCGCUUGCCCGAAGGACUUUGAGCUAAACCGGCUAAUGUUCAGUAUCUUCGACCGGGAUGAGACAAUGAUCGCCAUGAUCGGGGCUGGCGUUGAUCCCCUUGACCAGGAUGAGUUUUUGGGGCGUGCAAGCAUCGAUAUUUCGUAUUUGCGAAAUGGCGACAUGUUGAUGGAAGAACUUCCGGUAUCUGGCUCAGUCAUCGGCGCUAAGGUCAAGACAACAGCAGGGUUUCGUCGAGUACCCACCAUUUCCAUUGAAGUCGGCAUCCAGCGUCGCAUCAAGCCCAUGUAUGGGGUGGCACCCGAAGACCACUCGGCCGUGAUCCCAAGGCGAACCCAUCGAGUCAGCCGGCAGCCUGGGAACUUUGGCUUCUCUGACACGUCCCAGUUUGUGGAUGAGAUCUCCGAGGCGGAGCGCACCGCCACGGAGGUCAUGGAGGCCAACAACACGGGUCGGCUCUUGAAGGGCUCACACCUGGGCAUGCCGCCCAACUGGAUCUCCCUGCCCGAAGCCAUCGAUACCUGGGAGUUGCCUCCUCCUGAGGAGCCUGUCCCAGACUUGGAGGCAGAGAUGAGGAAACAUGCAGAAAAGGCGGCGCGUGCUGGGCAGAUCCCCGACGGCUUCGACUUCACGCAUGAGCCCCCGCCAAGGGCUGCGCGGAGUUUGCCGAUGCUCCAUUCGAGGUUCGCCCAGCCAAAGGCGCUCUUCCGGCGCUUAGCAAAGGAGCGAAAGGCAGGCAAGGACGGAAGCACUGCCAUCCAGCAAGGUUUCAAUGCGAGAUCAAAGCUGAAUAUUGUGCAAAGUCUGAAGGGCUUGUGGUACAAACCAACUCCAGAAACGCUUGUGCACCGGCGCCUAGAGGAGAACGGUGACGACAACAGCUCUGCAGGAAGCCCCACAUCGCACGACUGGGUGCUGCGCUAG